ACUUCAAAUUAGACUUAUAGGGAUCAGCAUUGUUUCUGCAGCUGUUUUUAUUCCAUAUUUAAUAAUUAAUACAGAUCUUUAAGUAUGUCACCAAAAGAAAAAGAUGAUGAAGUAGUAUCAAUAAAUAAAUGGGAUGGAGUAGCCGUCAAAAAUGCAUUAGACGAUGCAGUUAAAGAGGUACUUACAAAGAAAUACAAUUAUGCUGAAAAUUUUGCUCUCAUGGAUGGUAGGUUAGUUAUAUGUGGUAUAGCUGUAGGAGUUGCAAUGUUUGCCUUGAUUUGGGAUUAUUUGUACCCAUUCCCACAAUCUAAGCCUAUUUUAAUAUUUUCUGUAACUACAUAUUUUUUUAUGAUGGGAGUUUUAACUUUGUAUACUACAUACAAAGAGAAAGGAAUCUUCGCUGUUUGUAUUCAGAAAGAUAGUUCUAAGAAGGAAAACAUUUGGGAAGCUAGCUCAUAUAUUCAAAAGUAUGAUGAUAAAUAUAGUUUGAAUCUUGCAUAUAUUGAUGGAAAAACACGCCAAAGAAGGGAGCAUAAUAUUAAAAAGAGUAUUGCCAAGUACAUAGACCAGCAAGGAACUGUAGUUAAAGAAAAUGUUGAAGAUGAGAUCACCAAAAUGCACAAUUCUCUACUAAGUGAGAGGAAAGAAAAAUGAUGUACACAGAAACUACCUACUAAAAGAAGUUGACGUGUACAUUAUUUUAUAUUUUAUAUUUUUCAAAAUAUUUUGUUCAUU